CUAAAAGUUGGAAGUUAGGAGUCCGUUCAAAAGAAAAUCAAGUUGACAGGAAAUGGCGCAUGCUUGUAGAUCUUGUUUAUUAAAAUUGCUGCGCGUAGCUGCUGUGUUUCAAAGUACAGUGUCGCACCGUUCCUAUGCCAAGAUGGCUUCUAUGCCUUAUGGGCAAGGGAGGAGGGAGAAACCGGUUGAAGUUGAAGCAGAUGAAGGUGAAGAUCUAGACGAUUUUGCUGUGAGCUCAGGAAUCAGCAGACCCUUAUCUGAAAUCCUCAAGCAAAUCAACAAGAAAGUCCCAGAUGCCCUCAUCAAAUUCCGCCACGAAAAUGGGUUUACAUCCAAAUACAUUCCCUGGCACGUUGUUAAUCGAAUAAUGAACUUGCAUGCUCCAGAAUGGUCUGGUGAGGUCCGAAGCAUUACAUACUCUGCUGAUGCCAAGACUGUUUCUGUUGUUUAUCGUGUCACGCUCUAUGGAACUGAUGCUGUGAUAUUUAGGGAGUCUGUAGGCACUGCUUCAGUAGAUGACACAAGUUAUGGGGAUCCAGUACAGAAGGCUGAAGCAAUGGCAUUUCGUCGAGCUUGUGCACGCUUUGGGCUUGGUCUUCAUCUUUACCAUGAAGAUUUGUCUUAGUGGGAU